AUUUGAAUCAUGAAAAAAACAGGUAGGAAAAGGAUAACGAAUCGCAGUCUCGUUUGUCUCUGUUGGAAAUCGCGUCGGGCGGCGAUCGUCAUCAGAAAUGAACCGGGACAUGGUCAGUUCGCGCAGUGCGGCCGAAAUUUCUUGGCUGCUGGGAUUCCUGUUUGUCAUAGCUGCUGUUUUACCUCAGCAACUGGCUCUUGGGACAAGACCGAGUUCGUUUGCGCCAUUUUAUUUGCACAACGGGGUUCAGCAGCGUCUUCACCAGCAGGAUGUCAAACACACUUUGGAUGACGGAGAUUUCCCAUCAAACAGCAUCAACACUGACAAAGCCAACGCAAUUUCGGGCGAUGCGGCGAAACUGAUGGAAGAGAUUGACGACAGUCCUUCCUUUGCUCCGCUCUGGGUCUGGCCUGCAGCGGAAGAGAGUCACGAAGACCCCGGGGGAUUUGCACAAGCCGCGCCCACGUCCGGAAGCGGCGAUAUCCUGGUGAGCCGGAGGGACCCCGCGUUCGCAGUUCGGGACCGGCAGAGGGCGCCGCCACGAAAGGUUACUCAUGGGUCAUCAUCGGUCAAGCCUCAUGACGGGGAAAUUGAUGAAACCAAGGACAGCAGGGACCCCGCGUUCGCAGUUCGGGACCGGCAGAGGGCGCCGCCACGAAAGGUUACUCAUGGGUCAUCAUCGGUCAAGCCUCAUGACGGGGAAAUUGAUGAAACCAAGGACAGCAGGUACAGAGUGGAUGAUGACACACAAAUCGAAGAUGGCACGGAUGAUAGGGAUUCAAAAAUUUUCGACGGCGCCUCGUCCAACAGCCCAGAAAACUACGCCACUUUGGUCAAGAAAUUGAAACUGUUUCUGGCCAUUUUCUCUCGGGUUUUAUCAAGUGUCGACGUUGACGAGGCAGUUGACAACGACCGCAACAAUAUCGCAGCUCAAAGCGAAAGCAGGAUUUUCAGAAGGGCGGAUCGCAGGACCCACACCAACAACAGAAGCCUGCACUACAUGCUGAAGGCCAGUGCUUAUCGCAAGCGCAGCCACGAAUGCAUGCGAAAGUGUUUGCGACAAAAGCUGUUGCAUCCCGCACAAUGCCAUACCCUAUGCUAAAAACCCCAUCACACCAAAAGGAGGAAAAGGGAAAGAAAAAAAAACAAGUCCAAAAAAGCAAGCGAAACAAGUUUUCAAAAGAAAAGGAACUCAUUUUUUUUUUCUUUUGCGGAUUGAACCUUUCCUGAUUUCAUUCCGGUUUUUUUCUUCUUCUUCUGGGUCUCGUCCUCGCGCACAAUACUUUUUGAGAAAUCGCCAAAAAUAAGAAGCUUUUUUUUUAAGGGAAACGCUUUUCGUGUCUAUAUAUACAGUAUAGAUUUUCUCGUGAGUGUUUUUCGCCUGUAUUCGUUUGUGUUCUGCGGAUUGGCUGGAUUCAAAGUGGUUCAGGUUAAUUGCAAGGACAAAAUCCGAUGUUGACUCCUUUUUAGUUCAUGCAGUGAAGUUUAAAUCCCGACUGCAACUUCCAAAAACCGAUUUUUCCGAUGGUAGAUAAUUUCCAAUAAAGUGACACCUCUUCUACUCGAAAAAAAAAGGUCUAGGAGACGAUUUCUUUUCUUGAAAGAAACCCUCAACAACAACAAAAAACCGUGUCCCAGCAGUUGACUUGAACCACGUGCCGCAGACGUUCUUGUAUGCAAAUUUUCAUUUCAAAGCAUAGCUUUUUCCCGAGUUUUCAAAUUCGCAGAGGAAAGCGAAUUUCGCUAGAGUGUAAAUCGAGUAGCAAUACUUCAGAAUGUCGAACUGCUCUUGUGUUUUUGCGCGGAAUCCGACGGAGAAAAAAAAAUUUAGUUGUGCUUGAAGUUCGGCGUUUUGGACAACUUUCGAUGGAGUUUAUUUCAUCUUCUCGGUUCGAGCACACCUUUUCUUUAAAUUUUUUUUUUUGGUGUCAAACAAGGGUGGGAAAGUUACCUGGAAGCAAAGAAGAAGGCCAAUCGAGACGAAAGAGAACAAAUCGAGCGAAAUAAUUAAUUCCCCGCCGAUUAUGAUGGUUGAUCUCUAGAAACGCGGAAAAAUUCGACAAUGCUGAUGAAAUUUCAGCUGGUCAUGGAGAGCCAAAAAUAAAAAGCCAUGGAUGAGAGAGA